AUGAUAGCAAAGAACAUACUCCGAAUCGGGUUCCGAGCGUACCUGACAGCGUCUUCCAUAACGAAGUACGAAGUACUUGAACUUCAGCCAGGCGCAUCUGUCAAAGAAGUCAAAAAGCAAUUCAAAGUGCUCAGUAAGAAGUACCAUCCAGACUUAAAUAACCAUUUAAGCGAUGAAGAGAAGAAAUUGAACAGUGAAAAAUUUGUUAACAUAGUGUCUGCGUAUGACACGCUCAAGGACUCUAAAAAGAAGAAGCAGUAUGACAUGGAGUUGCAAAGUGGUGGUAACGGGGAUGGUGGGACACGAAUUUUUCAGAGCCGGGCCAGGAGGAACCUGGAGUGGCACAACAAAUACUACGGAGAAGCGAAGUACUACUCCAAGGCUAAUGGAUCAUACUCGUCGUCUGGACUCAACUCGAAAAGACAUCGAGUCUACUUCAACGAGGGCGAUGGGGGCAGCGGAGGGUAUCAAGACUCGUCAGCAUUUUCAGGUAGGCACAUGAACUACGGGGACCGGUACGAUGUGCCCCAUUUUAACUACAAGGAACAUCUCUCGAAGCAUUUGAAGUUCGAGCAGCGCAUAUUGAACAAGAGUCUCAGUGAGAGCGAUAGAGAAAAGAUUAUCAAGCAGUUAAGCAAAGAGGGUGAUCUGUCUGAAAUAGACGACGAGUUGUUAACCAAACAUUUGAUGAGACAGGCAAAGAGAACGGAAGAAGACAGGGCAACUGGUAGAGCAUCACUGUACUCGUUUGCAUCGCAGAACUCGAAUCAAAACCAGCACUCCACUUACAUGUACCAGGGUCCUCAGCGUGGAGAGAGCGACGGUACUGCCUUCAAGGCCUUUGCAUUUUUGGGAGCAGGCAGUUCCCUUUACUAUCUAUGGACGUUGCUUUAA